AGCGCGCACAGCCGAGGCCCCGUGCGCCCGAUGGUGCUUCCUGGGAGAGCCAUGGCCACUUUCCGCUUGGCCCUCAUCCAGCUUCAAGUUUCUUCCAUCAAAUCAGACAAUGUCACUCGAGCCUGUAGCCUCAUCCGAGAAGCAGCAACACAAGGAGCCAAGAUAGUCUCCCUGCCGGAAUGUUUUAAUUCUCCCUAUGGCACAAACUAUUUUCCUGAGUAUGCCGAGAAAAUUCCCGGUGAAUCCACACAGAAGCUGUCUGAGGUGGCAAAGGAGUGCAGCAUAUAUCUCAUUGGAGGCUCCAUCCCUGAGGAAGAUGCAGGGAAGCUAUACAACACCUGUGCUGUGUUUGGGCCUGAUGGGACGUUGCUGGUAAAGCACCGGAAGAUCCAUCUGUUUGACAUUGAUGUCCCUGGGAAAAUUACAUUUCAAGAAUCUAAAACGUUGAGUCCUGGUGAUAGUUUCUCUACAUUUGACACUCCUUACUGCAGAGUGGGCCUGGGCAUCUGCUACGACAUCCGCUUUGCAGAGCUUGCACAGAUCUAUGCCCAGAAAGGCUGUCAACUGUUGGUGUAUCCUGGAGCUUUCAAUUUGACCACUGGCCCAGCCCACUGGGAGUUACUUCAGCGAGGCCGAGCUGUUGAUAACCAGGUGUACGUGGCCACAGCCUCUCCUGCACGGGAUGACAAAGCUUCCUAUGUUGCCUGGGGACACAGCACCAUUGUGAAUCCUUGGGGAGAGGUCCUAGCCAAAGCGGGCACUGAAGAAACCAUCGUGUAUUCAGACAUCGACCUGCAGAAGUUGGCUGAAGUCCGCCAGCAAAUACCCAUUUUGAGACAGAAGCGAUCAGACCUGUAUGCAGUGGAGUCGAAAAAAGCUUGAGGUUAAGGUUUCCAUCAUGUAGCACGAAGGGAAGAUACAAUUCCAUGACAUGAUCAGCUUCCUGGUGAAUUUCUUAAUCCUUUUUGUUUUCAUUCUUUGUCUCUCUCUCUUUUAUUACCUAGUCAAAAAGGACUUAGGCUGUGUUCAGAAGGGUUGGCUCAGAAGUUUCCACCAUGCUUGAAUUGCUUCAGAACUGUUGAUACAAGUGUCAGAUCUUGGAAUCUCACUGGCUAAUUCACCUGAGAGAAAUGUCAGUUUGUCCUGAACCUCCAAUCCUGCUCAUUGGAGGUGGAAUCCAUUGUCUAGAAAACAACGGUCUGGUGCUGUUGUACUUGAAGCAGUACUUUAAAGUCAUAUGUGUGCAUCCAUGUGUAACUAUGGGGAGCAAGGUUUAGAUUCUUGCACUUUGCAAGAGGAAGUCGUGGGCCUGCCUUCCAAGUUUGGGAAGGAGCUGGAGCUUCACCUGGGCAUACUGGUUUUGGAGGAAGAAGCCAUGAGCCUCGCGGGUGAAUGCCAGCGAAGCACUUGUUCCUGGCAACUUAGUGCAAAUCUAUGCGAGAGGCCCCAAUUCUGGUGUGUUGUUUUGUUUUUUUUCUUUUCUCUCUGCUGGCAUUUCCUACCUCCAAAGAUGAAGAAUCAAUGAAUGUAGAGUUGCUUUUUUUUUUUUUUUUUUUGCCUCUGAAUCAUUUAAUACAAUUAAAAGUGAAGGACUCCA